UACAUACCAGGAUCCCCAAAGCUCCGCAGACUCCAAUUCUUUCAUGAGCUGUUGCUCAGAACAAUGCUGCCGCAGCUACAGAAGCACUUGGACAACCAGGGAGUGACAGCAGACGUAUACAACAACUGGUUCAGCCAGUGCUUCAUCGAGGAGAUCCCUUUCCACCUGACCAUGAGGCUCUGGGAUGUUUACAUCCUGGAGGGGGAGCCAAUUCUAACAGCGAUGGCAUUGACAACCAUGAGAAUUCAUGGAAAACUCCUCCAGAAGCUUCACCAGGCUGGCAUCCUGGCAUUUUUUACGGAAGAGCUGUGCAGGGACUGGGCCAUCCACGAUGAUGACGUGCUGAGGCAGCUUCGGGUUUCGGUCGAGGAAGUGCGUGGAGCCAAGUGCGGCUUGGCCCCCUUACGUGAGUGCAGCAGUAGGUGCCCUGGUGACUCGCCAAUGGGGCAGUAA